UAAACAUAGAAGUGCAAUGAACUCCGCAUUUUAUUAUGUUUUAUUAUCAAUAAAUCUAGUUAUUACCGCUCUUCGCGUAAAAUUAUAACAUAAAAGUGUGUUAAAAUGACGAAAUUGUUUAAUGUGUGCACUUUGUGUGGUGAUAUAAUGUGUAUUGUGUGAAAAUUAGUGCAGUUCUAAAAAUGGGCGUGUAGUCGCUCGGAGAUGUAUCAGAGGUAGCAGCCAUGGAGGACAGCAGCGAAGUGAGCUACUGUGACAAGGAGAGCUGGGACGAGUGGGGCAGCCGCUCCUCCCUCAGCCAGCAUGAGGAGGGUGUGGUGCUGGGUCGGUGCGACGGCUCGACGUGCGCGGUGCGGGCGGAGCGCGACGGGCUGGCGCGUGCGCUGGCGGCGGAGCGCGCGCGGGCGGCGGCGGCGGCGCGGGCGCACGACGCGCGCCUCGCCGAGCUGCACGGCGUCAUCGCCGAGCUCGUGCGCCGCCGCGACGCCCGCCCCGCCAUCCCCGAGGAGUCUGACGCCGACUGCAGCCCGCCCGCCUCCCCCGCCUCGCCUGCCUCGCCCGCCUCACCCGCCUCGCCCGACACCUCGCCCGCCGACACCGACGCCAGCCUCACCGACCACCUCGCCACCGACAAGCCCUCGGGGGCGGAGUCCCCGCCGCCCGCGCUGGCCCCGCCCCCCGCCAGCGAUAGACCCGACACUAGGAGUAGCCGGUCACCGCGGCCGGCGUCGGAGCGCCUGCUGCCGCCCUCGCCCGGUACGUCCCCGCCCCCCCGCACCGCCGGCACCCCGCCCACCCCCGUACAGCACGUGACAUGUGCGCGUGUUGCAGGCCGGUGCGAGGCGCGCGAGGCCAAGCUGGCGACGCGCGUGCGGCUGCGGCGCUGCGGCGAGCGCUCGGCCGACAGCGAGGGGGAGGCGCGCUGCGUCGCGGCGGCCGAGCGGCUCGCGCGGGCGGCCUGCGACGCCGGUGCCGACGACGCCUGCGCCGGCGUGUGGCGCGCGCGCGCCGCUCGCCUCGCCGCCGACUGCCGCGUGCUGGAGUGCGCGCUCGCCCGCGCGCUAGACACCGCGCAGCGCCUGUCGCGCGCCGUCGCCGUGCAGGAGUCGUCGUCGGUGGCGCUGUGCGGUGCGCUGCGGGCCGCCGACCGCGCGCUCGAGACCUACGACGUGCUACUCGCGCUGGCGGAGACCGGCGGCGGCGGGGACGGGGGCGGGGAGGGCCGCGCGGCCGCAGAGUCCGUCGCGCGCCGCCUGCUCGCGCGGCUGGAGGCGGCGCCGGCGUGGGGCGAACCGCUGCUGUCGCCGGGCCCGUGGCACGAUCUGGCGGCGGCGGGCGCGAGCGAGGCGGCGGGGGGCGGGGCGGGGUGGGGCGCGGCGGAGGAGGCGCGGCUGCGGGCGCACGCGGCGCGGCUGAAGCGCGACACGGUGGCGCUGCGCGCGCUGCGGGCGCCGCCGGAGCUGUACGCGGUGGAGGAGGACGGCGGCGCGGCGGAGAUGGAGGCGGCGGUGCUGAUGCAGGAGCUGCUGCAGGCGCGGGAGGCGCGCGCGCUCCGGGCGGCCGCGCAGUCGCCCUCGCCUCGCUCCCCGCGCCGCCGCCGACACUGGUUGGACGCCGCCGCCGAGACCGACCUCUGAGCGCUCACCCCCCGAAGUGCACGCGGGUAUAUCGAGUUCAACUUCAUGCCGUAAAUAGUGUUCAAGCGAAAUAUCGGUGCGACGACACUCGAAGCUAACUUCGGGACUAUGUUGUUGUAGUAUGAAAUUCAGUGGGGUCGUGCUAUCUCCCUCUAAUGCAUAGCGUUGGAGCGGGACGGUCCCCCGGCCGGGCCGAGGCGCCGCUCGAUACGAUUUCUCGUUGAUCUAGUUCGUUGUAUGUAUAGUACAAAACUACGACUAUAUUUUCCGGUACCUAAAUCUUAGACAAAUUUAAUUCCUAGACGUAGGUUUAUUCGAAGCUUUCCAAUUUCUCCGAGUGCUAACAUAGUCGUGUAACUAGCGUCAACUCGUAUAUCUUCCUUUUACGGUGUCACAGAACUGUUCUAUCUGCCGCAGCCACUGAUCUUAAAUGCAAUCGCAGUGAAGCUCCAUUCUUUCUAUCGUGCUGUCGCAUUCUCAUCUAUGUAACUAGAAGUUAAAUGUCGCUGUGAACGCUUACGAAGUGCCAAUUAUUGUAAACUGUUACUGUCUGCUGCGCUGUGCUGUGCUGUGCUGUGCUGCAUAAAACUGUUGCAAGUGGCCCGACCGGCUAAGUGCUGUUGGGGUAGAACAUUUACACGUACUCUGUUGUUAAUAAAAGUAUUUACACAGUUAAUGUACGCAAGUUUCAAGUAUUUAUGUGUCUGGCGGUUUUUCUAACGUUAAGACAAAGACAGCAACAUUGUUUAAGUUAUUCACUGUGUAAGUAGUUUUAGUACACACUCAUAUUAAAUUGUAUAUAAUCGUUAGUAAAUUGAACGUAAUUGAAAAGUAAAAACUACUUAAAGUAUGACAGUAGACAGUAGGAGUGUCCCGCCGCCGGCGCCGGCCGGGCCGCGGAGAUGUUACAAUCUAUAACAUAUCUCUAGUUGUAGUGAAUUAUAUUAUAAAAUGUAUAUUUUUAAAAUUAGUCGUCCGCCCAGUGUUUAUACUCUCACUUAUAAUCUCAGUAAACUUCCAACUUCCGCCUGUAAGCUGUUGAGAAGAUAACAUAAAAAUAAAUAUUUCCAAUAAUUUAUUGUCUGUCUUACAGUCUUACAGCUAAGCGAGGUGAUUAUGAUAAAUCAUAGCCAAGGACACUCCAUCACGUCAGCUUUUAA